AUGGUCGAAUUAAAGAAUCCUAAUUUGGUCAGAUCAGGACCAUUUGUAAAUGGUGAAUGGAUUAAAUCCAAAUCUUCCAAGACUUUUAAAGUCUUCGAUCCAGCUACUGAAGAAUUGAUUAUUGAAUUACCUGAUCAAACUCCAGAAGAAAUUGAAUAUGCCUUUGAAGUCAGUCAACAAGCAUUUGAUAAAUUGAAACAUACUUCUCCAUAUCAAAGAUCAAUUUGGUUAAGAAAUUUAUACAAUUUAAUGAUUGAAAAUCUUGAUGAUUUAGCUAAAAUUCUUACUUGGGAAAAUGGUAAAUGUCUUGCUGAUGCAAUUGGAGAAAUAAAAUAUGCUGCUUCUUACUUUGAAUGGUUUGCUGAAGAAGCAAAAAGAAUUUAUGGUCACACCAUACAACCUGCUAAUCAUAAUAAUAAAGUUAUGACUUAUAAACAACCAGUAGGAGUUGUUGGAUUACUUUGUCCAUUUAAUUUCCCUUCUGCUAUGGGAGCUAGAAAAUUGGCUCCUGCUUUUGCAGCUGGGUGUACUACUAUUUUAAAACCAGAUUUCCAAACUCCUUUAAGUUCUUUAGCAUUAGGUUAUUUAGCUCAUGAAGCUGGAUUUCCUCCAGGAACUUUUAAUGUUGUGUUAGUUAGUCAAGCUUCAACUCCAGAAAUUGGAUUGAGGUUCUGUGAAUCUCCAAUAAUAAAAAAGAUUAGUUUCACAGGUUCUACCCCAGUAGGUAAAUUAUUAAUGAAACAAUCAUCAUCCACAUUAAAGAAAUUAUCAAUGGAAUUAGGAGGAAAUGCUCCAGUCAUUAUUUUCGAUGAUGCUAAACUUGAUUGGGCUGUUGAACAAUCAAUUGCUUCUAAAUUUAGAUCAUUGGGUCAAACAUGUGUUUGUGCUAAUCGUAUUUAUGUUCAAUCAGGAAUUUAUGAAAAAUUCUGUACUAAAUUCGCUGAAAAGGUUAAAUCUUUUAAAAUUGGAAAUGGGUUUGAACCAGGUGUGACUCAUGCAUGUUUAAUCAAUGGCAGAGCUAUUGAGAAGGUUGAAUCACAUUUUAAGGAUGCUGUUGAUAAAGGGGCUAAAGUAUUGAUCGAAGGUGGUAAAUUACCUCAUUUAGGUAAGAACUUUUACGCCCCUUCUGUCAUAUGUGAUGUGACUAAUGAUAUGAAAGUUGUUAGUGAAGAAACUUUUGGUCCUUUAGGAGCUAUAAUUAAAUUCGACAAUAAGGAACAAGUGUUAGGUUGGUGUAAUGAUACUCCAUAUGGUUUAGCAUCAUAUGUCUUUUCAGAAAACUUGAAUAAUAUCUGGUACAUGUCUGAAUAUUUGGAAUCAGGUAUGGUUGCAGUUAACACCGGGAUUUUUACCGAUGCUGCUAUGCCAUUUGGUGGAGUUAAAGAAUCUGGUUUUGGUAGAGAAGGUUCAUUAUACGGUAUUGAUGAUUAUACUGUUGUUAAAUCUAUAACUUUGGGUAAUAUUUACCAUUAUGAUUAA